AUGAUGUUAGGAUUGUUGCCAUAUGGGAAACUACAAAAACAACUUCUGUUGGAUCUCCUAAAUGAGAAAAUAAGAUGCGGGGAUCAUGGAAUUGUGGUGAUAAAAUGUCAAGUAUGGCGUCGAAGGGUUCUUCUUGUUCUCGAUGAUGUGGAUAACGACAGCCAAUUGAGUGCUUUGGCUAUAAAUCGUAAUUGGUUACGUCCCAGAAGUAGAAUCGUAGUAACAACUAGAGAUUUGUCUGCAAUAAAGUCACUUCAAGUGGUUGAGGUGUAUAAGCUUGAAAAUUUGAAUAGGGAGGAAUCUCUUCAAAUCUUCAGUUGCUAUGCCUUUAAAAGAGACUGUCCUCUGGAAAGUUAUGAAAGCCUCUCUGAUACAAUAGUGUGUUAUACGAAGGGACUUCCUUUACUUCUUACAGCUUUAGGUUCUUCAUUGUUGGGUAAAGCGGUACCUAAAUGGCAAACUCAAUUGGAGAAGUUGAAAAAGAUUCCUGAUCCUAAAGUUCAAGAUAUACUAAGGCAGAGCUUUAACUCACUUGAUGAUAUACAAAAGGAUAUUGAUAUUGACAUUCUAUUUGAUCGUUGUCUUGUAAGCAUCGAUCGGCGGCAUAACCAACUGAUGAUGUAUGAUCUGAUUCAAGACAUGGCAAAAGAGAUUGUCCGCCAAGAAUCCCCUACAAAGCCUGGCGAACAUAGUAGAUUGUGGUAUCAUGAAGACAUUCUCGAUAUACUAAGAUAUGACAUGGUUUUGUGCAAAUUGAAGUACCUUAAUCUCAGUCAUUCCUAUCUCUUGAUUAAAACUCUGGACUUCACGGACCUCACCAAGGUUCACCACACUAUUGGACGUCUCGAAGAUCUUAUUGUCUUGAACUUGAAGAAUUGUAAGAAUCUUAAGAAGAUUCCCUUGAGCAUUUUCAUGUUGAAGUCUCUUGCUGAAUUCAAUACGUCCGGUUGUUCUAAAUUAGAGUGGCCAGCAUUUUUUCGAAGAUCGCCACCUGCAUCAAGCUUCUCGUCAUUACAAUUGCCAAGUAGCAUCAGGAACAAAUUUUCUAACCUACCAACUACCAUCACUAGCCUUCCACGACUGGGGUGUCUCUUCAUACAUAAAUGUACUCGGCUUGAAUCACUUCCCAGCCUUCCAGUAAAUUUAUAG